AUGGGACAAGCGUGUGGACACGCGCUGCUCUGCCGUAGCCAACCGCCAUCCACCGACAUACGAGGUCAGCAAGUGUUACUGCCUCCCGAGGAGAGUACAGCUCCAAGCCUGACAAGUAGACAAUCCACCACGUUUUCUGAACAAGUCCAGGAUGCUCUGCUGCAGCUGGCAGCCGUUGUCGAUGUGCGCUCGCUGCGAGUGGCCCUUCGAGAUGGCGUACAGACGCUGUUACCCCAUGCGGAGUGUGUGUGUGUUUACACACUGGAAGGAAACUCGAGGCUGCUGUCUGACGACCCGUCGCAUGAGCUGCCACAGGAGGGCAAGAUCAGGAGUGUUGUUGACCAGCUGAACCGAUGUCAAUGUGCCGGCUUCCCCUCAUUGGAACUGCCUGAAAAAUACAAAAUCUGUCUUGCAGCACCACUAAAGGCACACCAAAGAGCUGUUGUUAUUCCUAUCUUGGACCAGGAGCGGACCAAAGCCAUUGCUGUCUUACUGGUGGGCUGUAGUCCUCUUUCUGAUCAAGAUGAAGUGCAUCUUAGUAUGCUGGAAAAACAUGCCUCGGUGGCAUGCGUCCGCGUCCAACUCGUUCAAGCAUCCUACCAGAGGCCCCCGCUUAGCCCCUCGCCCAUUCAGUCCCACAAUGCACUGCUGCACCUCAAUGUCUCAGACCAGGACUACAGCGAGUUGGACCGCAACAUACUCCAACUUUGUGGUGAGCUUUAUGACCUUGAUGCAGCCUCUCUCCAGCUCAAAGUCAUCAAUUAUCUGCAGCAGCAGACUCGGUCACAGUGUUGUUGCCUGCUGUUAGUCUCUGAGGACAACCACCAGCUUUUCUGCCAGGUAGUUGGAGACAAAGUUCUGGAGGAGGAGAUCAGUUUUCCGUUGAUGUUCGGACGUUUCGGUCAGGUUGUCGAGAAGAAAAAGUCGAUUACUCUUCAAGACAUCAGCGCUGAGGAGCGCAGGCAGCUGUCUAGUAUGUUAGGCUGCGAGAUUUUCUCCAUGCUGUGUGUCCCAGUUGCGAGCAGGGCCACGGGCCAAGUGGUGGCACUCGCAUGCGCCUUCAACAAGCAGGGUGGACAGAGACACACAGAGGCGGAUGAGCACGCCAUCCAGCACUGUUUCUGCUACACUUCAACAGUCCUUACUUCAACGUUGGCCUUCCAGAAGGAACAGAAACUCAAAGUGGAGUGCCAGGCGCUCUUGCAAGUGGCCAAGAACCUCUUCACACACUUAGAUGAUGUGUCAGUGCUCUUACAGGAAAUUAUAGUGGAGGCCAGGAACCUCAGUGGUGCAGAGAUCUGUUCAGUGUUCCUGCUAGAUCGCCAUAGCCAUGAGUUAGUGGCCAAGGUGUUUGACGGAGGUGUGGUUAGUGAUGAAGAGAAGGAAUUCCGCAUCCCAGCAGAUCAGGGGAUUGCAGGCCAUGUAGCAACCACAGGUCAAAUUUUGAACAUUAAGGAUGCUUACUCCCAUCCUCUUUUCUACCGUGGUGUGGAUGACAGUACCGGUUUCAGGACUCGCAACAUCCUCUGCUUCCCCAUCAAAGAUGAGACCAACGAGGUGAUCGGGGUUGCUGAGUUAGUGAAUAAAAUGAACGGGCCAUGGUUCAACCGCUUUGAUGAGGAUCUGGCCACAGCAUUUUCCAUCUACUGUGGUAUUAGCAUUGCCCACUCUUUGCUCUACAAGAAGGUCCAUGAAGCUCAGUUCAGAUCACACUUGGCCAACGAAAUGAUGAAGUACCACAUGAAGCUUUCAGAAGACGAGGUGAGCAAGCUGUUGAUAGUUGGGAUUGAACCAGUUAAGAAGAUCCACCCGUGUUUUGCUGAGUUCACCUACACGCCACGUUCGCUUCCCGAUGAGACCACACCUAUGUGUGUCCUAAGCAUGUUUGAAGACAUGGGUUUCAUCAACACUUACAAGAUUGACCGUCAGACUCUUGCCAGAUUUUGUCUAAUGGUCAAAAAAGGCUACAGGGACCCACCCUACCACAACUGGAUGCAUGCAUUCUCAGUCUCCCACUUCUGCUACCUGCUUUACAAAAACCUUGGGCUGUCCAACUACCUCGAAGAUAUAGAGAUUCUAGCUCUCUUUGUCUCAUGUCUGUGCCAUGACCUGGACCACCGCGGGACCAACAAUUCUUUCCAAGUGGCCUCGCAAUCUGUGCUGGCUGCUCUAUACAGCUCAGAGGGAUCUGUGAUGGAGAGACAUCAUUUUGCCCAGGCUAUUGCCAUUCUUAAUACUCAAGGCUGCAACAUUUUUGAAAAGUUCUCCAGAAAGGACUACCAGCGCAUGCUAGAUUUGAUGAGGGAAAUCAUUCUGGCUACAGACCUUGCUCACCAUCUUCGCAUUUUCAAAGACCUACAGAAGAUGGCUGAUGAUGGCUAUGAUCCUAAAAGCAGCACUCACCGCUCGAUGCUCCUGUGCCUGCUGAUGACAUCGUGCGACUUGUCAGACCAAACCAAGGGCUGGAAGACAACUCGCAAGAUUGCUGAACUUAUCUAUAAAGAGUUCUUCUCUCAAGGAGAUCUGGAAAAAGCCAUGGGGAACAGGCCCAGCGAGAUGAUGGACAGGGAGAAAGCAUACAUCCCGGAACUGCAGAUCAGUUUCAUGGAGCAUAUCGCCAUGCCCAUUUACAAGCUGCUGUCCGAACUAUUUCCCGGGGCCACGGAGCUCUAUGAGAGAGUGUCGGCCAAUCGGGAGCAGUGGACCAAAGUGUCCCACAAGUUCACCAUCCGUGGGUUGCCUAGCAACAACAGCCUAGACUUCUUGGACCAGGAAUAUGAGCUACUGCAGUCCCAGGGCGCUUUCGGGAGUGACCACCUCUGCCUUAACGGCUGCCUUGACGAUUGUGAAGGGGGACAUGGCCAGUGA